AUGCUCAUUCGCUUGCGGGCCGCCUCUGUAGCCAACUGGGGCUUCAGAAAGACGCGAGACGAAAAAAAAUGGGAAAAUAAAAUAAAAACAUUUACUGGAAGCAAUUUGGAUGUGCCGUGUCAAUUCAAUUAUCUGCUCUGAGCGCCCCAGAGUUUCGGCGGAGAUUAGGGCAAUGAAUAAAUAUUCCAGAAAGAAAUCUAGCAAGCAUUUAGCGAUAGACAGAUGAGUCCGAGCAAGCGAGGCGGCAGCGGUCUGUUGGACGAAGGACGGCCGAGCGUCACAGUCACGGACAUGGACACAGUACAUGAAGAAAACGAUAAUGAAAAUGAUAGUGAUGAGUCGUCGUACUCCGAUUUGGGGAGACUGCGAGAUCGCACCCGCGCCAUGCUGGUGCCGCCAACGGAAUCCCUUCUUCAGCACGCGCAUUCCCAGCCCAGUAGCCGCAGAAUGUCAGAUACUGACCCCAAGGUCGCUGCCAACUUGAACACCAGGCGACCAUCAGCUAUAAUAGCAGCGUUUCGUCGCCCGUCACAGGCGCUAGCGUUAUGUGCCGCAACCCAGCGCCGCUUCCUGUCAGAAUUAGCACCACAUUCCAGGACUUCAAUGGCCUCUACCAUACACGAACAUCCCCCAUCAGCCGCUGAAAUAUUAGGCCAUGAAGCGCUUAGCAAAGCGUUAUCGGCGUUGUAUGCCAAGCUUUUGGUGGUAUUGGGGUUGGCGUUUCCAGUUACUGAAGUCAUUGCAAAUGGAGUGCCAGACGCUUAUUAUCAGGGUUUCUAUUUAUAUUUAUACUCAGUAUCAGUUAUAUUUGUAAUUUUUCAAUACGCCAACAUCAUGCGUCAGAAGGCUGUCAAUCUAAUUAUUCAUAGCUACGAAGGUGAUGAUAAGGAUGAAAAAUCAAAAGACAAGACAGAAAUUGAAAAACCUAAGCGUAAAGAAAAUAUAUCGCGUUACGGAAGUUUUUACUUGAGACUUGGUGCUAUUGCUUUUGGUAUCGGAUCAAUGGUAUACAGUGGUUUAGAAUUCGGUGAAUACUUUGAAAUGGAAGAUGACUGUCGAUCUGUUUUGGCAGCUAUAACUCCAGCUCUUCGCAUGGCUCUCACUCUAGCGCAAAUGCAGUUCAUAUUCCUUACUAGCAAAGACAUAGAAACAGGGGCCUACAAAAUGUUACAAAGGUUCGGAUUCAUGCACAUGAUUGCAACAAACUUAUGUGAAUGGUUGUAUGUUCUAGUUGAAGAAACAAAACAUGAAAUACACCAUUUGGAACAUUCCAUGGCAUCCCAUUCGAAUACUACUGUUGGUAGUAACAACAUUACCGGAGAAUUCUACUGCCGAAGAGGAAACAUCAUGGGAACAUUACUACGAAACGCAUCUCCUUUCCUCUUCCCAUGCACAAUCGAGUAUUCGUUGAUCUGCGCAGUUAUUUUAUAUGAAAUGUGGAAGGAGGUUAAGUGCACCCCAGAGGACUUUGAGAAGAAAUUUAAUUAUAAUGUUAAGAGCAAAUCACGUAAUAACUCAGUUACGCCUGAAAAAAUUUUGCAACAAUUUGCUGGAAUGCUUGGUGUGAGUUCCCCGCACGGCAGCCGAACGGCGCUGCAUCAUUUCUCCGUGGACUGCUCACACGCACACCGCGGUCUCUUCUCCGGUAUCCUCGUCAUCGUACUCACGAUCAUAUCUUUGAUCAUGUUUUUCGUACUUGCCAACAAUCCAGACACUAUAAACGAUGCCAUAUUUGAAGUCAAUAUCUGCGAAUUAAUAUUAUAUUCAUUGACUAUCGUAGCUUCAGCAGCGGCAGUGAAACAAAUGAGAGUUCUGCCUUACAAAAGAAAAUCGCAAGCUGUACUCGGCCUAGACACCUCCCUGUUAAUCCUGGCGCAGUCUGGUAUGUUCAUCUACUGCAUGUUCAGCAUGAUCGGCUCUCAUCACACUUUAAAUACGGGAGAAAGCGAAAAUCUUACUGGAUUCUUCUCAGAAUUUCUAUCUCUGAAUCAGACAAUCUUGCAAUCAUUAUUUAUAAUUGAUGCAUGGUGGCGCCGCAGCAGCACGUCUGAGCAAAGGCGAGAGAAACCAGGCCGGCAGCUAGUCACAUUUUUGUUAGUCGCAAACAUGGCCAUGUGGGCGAUUAACACUUUGGAAAAGAAUCGUGCGGAGUUCCGACCAGCCCAUCUCGCCUUCUACGGUCCAUGGGCGUGGACCAUCAUCACUCACGUGUCCAUGCCGCUGGCCAUCUUCUACCGGUUCCACUCCACCAUCUGCCUCUUCGAAAUCUGGAAGAACAGCUUUAAAAAUAAACCAAUUUACUUGAACGUAUGAAUUUUUGAAAAGUCAUAAAAAAAA